AAUACGAAGGCGUCGUGCGAAUUUGUCAACGCGACGGGAUUAUCUGUAAUCGCGGAGAAGCGCUCAGAAACAAACCGUCCAGCUUCCUGAUAAGUUCGUGGAACGGUGACCGUGUCAAUUUCUUUAGUUUGCCUGUGUGAUAAGUGGAGAGACAUGAUCCUCAAUGGGUACGUCGUUGCCAUUAUUAUAUCUAUUGUCGUUCAAGUCACCGAUGAGUUUGGAAACUUCAAUCCUCAAAGACGACCCAAAGUAAUGGGUGAUAUCAUACCAAUGAGAGCGUUAAGCACUCACAGAAGAAAGAUCCAGGACAAAAUAGUGUUGUACCACAACUACUUCAGGACUCAAGUGAAGCCUCCGGCUGCGAACAUGUUGAGGAUGAAGUGGCACAAAGGUGCGGCUAGGGCGGCUCAGAGGUGGUCGGAAGAGUGCAUGUUGCUGACCCACGACAACACAACGGGACGGUUCAUCAGAGAGUACGGGUCGUGCGGUCAAAAUAUUUUUAUCGCCUCCCAUAAAGUUCCUUGGUUGUUUGCUAUUAAAACCUGGUGGUUGGAAAAAGACCUCUUCACCUUCGGCAAAAGGAACAACCUAACGUUAGUUGGACAUUACACCCAGAUGGUUUGGGCUGCCACUCACGAAGUUGGUUGUGGCAUCUCCAAGUGUAACAGAUACGGUAACGUAACGGGGGCUGUAUACUACAACUACGUUUGCAACUAUUGUCCAAUUGGGAACAGACCGAGAAGAAUCGGAAGGCCGUACCGCAAAGGUGAGCCGUGCAAAUCGUGCAGGAAACACUGCCAUCAUGGAAAAUUGUGUACCAAUUCUUGUCCUUUUGGAGACAUGUGGUUGAACUGCAAGGAGAUGUAUAAGUACAACAAAGGGUGGCUUUGUUAUACUCCCACUCCACAGGGGAAGGAAAGAGCUAAGGAAUGUGGAGCCACCUGCUUUUGCAGGGGCAGAAUACGUGACUGAUUUUAUAAUCAAUUAAUUAACUUUGUUAGU